AUGACCAUGGUCUACGAGGGCAGGACCUGGCACAACUUUUGGGGGCAGGACCCGCCAGCCAAUGCCGUCUCGGUGGACUGGGACUCCUUCUGGUUCACUCUCGAGGAAGAGCCCAUGGCAGCCCAGCCCAAAGGUCCUCCCUCCUGCCCACCGCCCGCACAACCGCCUCAGCAGGCCCAAGAAUCCCAUCAGCCGCCGGGAACCAAGGCCCCGCCGCCGCCUAUGCCGCAGGAGCCAGAACCGGCCCACAAAAAGAUCAAAUGCUCCGUCUUCGGAGCGGAUGGCUGGAUCCUCAGGAAGGACCAGAGGGGUCGGGUGCACAUCACAGAAGCCGACUACGCCAGCCUAGUCGCCCAUGCCGACCAGGGAGACCCCCGAGCCCAGGAAGUGCGCUCCUUGGGGUUCAACAUUUGGGCCCCGCAAUUUGUCGCGGGCCCAGUGGUGCCUUUCUCCAUUAUCAGCCCACCGCCUACACAGCCGCAGUCGGCCCCAGCCCAGGAAGCCAACACCUCGCCUCCCACUGCCCAAGAGCAGACGGACUCGCAGAACGCCCAGACCCAGGAUGACUUCACGGACCUACUCGGCCUAGGGCAAGACUCCUCGGAUCGAGGCCUCCGCAACCCCUUCCCGAACCCACUGCGCACAGGAGGGGACUUCCGGCCCAAGGCAACCAGUGCCAGGUCCAUGCCCUGCCCACACUUGCUGAUUACGCCCAACGCCGAUAGACGCUAG